AUGAGGAAACAUCGACAUUUGCCCUUCACGGCAAUGUUUUGCCUGCUUCUCUCAGUCUUUUGCUCAGUUUGUGCCCAGCAGCAAGCAGCUGUCAAAACCAUUGCCGUGGCUGAUAUAAUAUUUCUAGUGGAUUCCUCUUGGAGCAUUGGGAAGGAACAUUUCCAACUCAUUCGAGAGUUUCUGUAUGAUGUUGUAAGAGCUUUAGAUGUGAGAGAAAAUGAUUUUCGCUUUGCCCUGGUCCAGUUCAGCGGAAACCCCCACACAGAGUUCCAGUUAAAUACCUACCCCUCUACCCAAGAUGUCCUGUCCCAUAUUGCCAACAUGCCUUACAUGGGGGGAGGCACCAAGACUGGAAAAGGAUUAGAGUACCUAAUCGAGAAUCAUCUCACUAAAGCUGCUGGAAGCAGAGCCAGUGAAGGCGUCCCCCAGGUUAUUAUAGUGUUAACGGACGGACGAUCCCAGGAUGAUGUGGCUCUGCCAUCAUCUGUCCUUAAAUCGGCCCGUGUAAACAUGUUUGCGGUCGGCGUGCAGGAUGCAGUGGAAGGGGAGUUAAAGGAAAUAGCAAGCGAACCCUUCGAUAUGCACCUUUUCAACCUAGAGAAUUUUACCGCUCUCCACGGCAUAGUUGGAGACUUAGUGGCGAGUGUCCAUUCAUCCAUGACUCCAGAAAAGGCUGGGGCCAAAGGACUGGUUAAAGACAUCACAGCUCAAGAGUCCGCUGACCUUAUUUUCCUUAUUGACGGAUCAAACAACAUCGGAAGUGUCAAUUUUCAAGCCAUACGUGAUUUCCUUGUAAAUUUGAUUGAAAGCCUCAGAGUUGGAGCUCAGCAAAUACACAUUGGGGUGGUGCAGUAUAGUGAUCAACCCAGAACUGAGUUCGCUUUGAACAGCUACUCCACAAAAGCGGAUGUUCUGGAUGCCGUGAAGGCACUUAGUUUUCGCGGUGGCGAGGAAGCAAACACCGGUGCGGCACUGGAGUUUGUGGUGGAGAACCUCUUCACCCAGGCAGGAGGCAGCAGGAUAGAGGAAGCAGUGCCUCAGAUUUUAGUGCUGAUAAGUGGUGGAGAGUCUAGUGAUGAUAUCCGAGAGGGCUUGUUAGCGGUGAAGCAGGCUAGUAUAUUUUCGUUUAGCAUUGGGGUCCUGAAUGCUGACAGUGCAGAGCUGCAGCAGAUUGCUACUGAUGGAAGCUUCGCAUUUACUGCCCUGGAUAUCCGUAACCUUGAUGCUCUUCGAGAUUUAUUACUGCCCAACAUUGUUGGAGUGGCCCAAAGACUCAUUUUGUUAGAGGCCCCAACCAUUGUGACUGAAGUUAUUGAAGUGAACAAGAAGGAUAUAGUCUUCCUGAUAGAUGGCUCAACUGCUUUGGGGACUGGCCCCUUUAACGCAAUUCGUGAUUUCGUUGCCAAAAUUGUCCAAAGGCUGGAGGUUGGACCUGACCUUAUCCAAGUUGCAGUGGCACAGUAUGCAGACACUGUGAAGCCAGAGUUUUAUUUUAACACCCACCAGAGCAGAAAGGAUGUGAUGGCUAACGUGAAGAAAAUGAAGCUCAUGGGUGGUACAGCACUCAACACUGGCUCGGCACUGGACUUUGUAAGAACCAACUUCUUCACCAGUGCUGCUGGGUGCAGAAUGGAGGAAGGAGUGCUCCCCAUGCUGGUGCUCAUCACUGGUGGUAAGUCCAGGGAUGCUGUUGACCAAGCCGCAGCGGAGAUGAAAAGGAAUCGGAUAGUGAUCCUUGCCAUUGGGUCGAGAAAUGCUGAUCUGGCAGAACUUCAAGAAAUUGCCCAUGAGAGAGAUUUUGUGUUCAACCCAAAUGACUUCCGAGUUCAGUUCAUGCAAGCCAUUCUUCCCGAAGUGCUCUCGCCUAUCCGGACGCUCUCUGGAGGACUGAUUGUCCAAGAACCACCAUCAGUUCAAGUAACCAAAAGGGAUAUCAUCUUUCUUUUGGAUGGAUCACUCAACGUCGGAAAUGCCAACUUCCCCUUUGUGCGUGACUUUGUUGCCACCCUAGUUAACUACCUUGAUGUCGGCAGUGACAAAAUCCGAGUUGGCUUAGUGCAAUUUAGCGACACUCCUAAAACUGAGUUCUUUCUAUACUCGUACCAAACCAAAUCAGACAUAAUUCAACGUAUGGGGCAGCUGAGGCCCAAGGGGGGGUCAGUGCUGAACACUGGCUCUGCACUGAACUUUGUGCUUUCGAAUCACUUCACGGAAGCUGGUGGGAGCAGAAUAAAUGAACAAGUGCCGCAGGUCCUAGUCCUGGUGAUGGCAGGGAGGUCUGCCGAUCCCUUCUUGCAAGUUUCCAAUGAAUUAGCUCGGGCUGGAGUGCUGACUUUUGCUGUUGGAGUUAGGAGUGCGGAUAAGGCAGAACUUGAGCAGAUUGCCUUUAAUCCAAGGAUGGUAUAUUUUAUGGAUGAUUUCAGUGCUCUGGCAGCUUUACCCCAGGAGUUAAAUAAGCCCAUAACAACAUAUGUUAGUGGAGGUGUAGAAGAGGUUCCACUCGCCCCAACAGAAAGCAAGAAAGAUAUUUUAUUCCUGAUUGAUGGCUCAGCCAACCUCUUGGGUAGCUUUCCUGCUGUCCGCGACUUUGUACACAAAGUCAUUUCUGACCUGAACGUGGGUCCUGAUGCCACACGAGUAGCUGUAGCUCAAUUCAGUGACACCAUCCAAGUUGAAUUUGACUUUGCUGAACUCCCGUCUAAGCAAGACAUGCUUCUGAAAGUGAAAAGGAUGAAGAUAAAAACUGGGAAGCAACUGAACAUUGGAGCUGCGCUAGAUGAAGCUAUAAGGAGGCUGUUUGUGAAGGAAGCUGGAAGCAGGAUUGAAGAAGGGGUUCCUCAGUUUUUGGUCGUCCUUGCUGCUGGGAGAUCAACCGAUGAUGUGGAGCAACCAUCAGAUGCUCUGAAGCAAGCCGGUGUUGUGACCUUUGCUAUCAAAGCCAAAAAUGCCGACCCUGUAGAGCUGGAAAGGAUAGUUUAUGCCCCACAAUUCAUUCUGAACGUCGACUCCCUCCCUCGGAUUUCAGAGCUUCAGCCAAACAUAGUCAACCUGUUGAAAACAAUCCAGCUUCAGCCAACAGUAGUUGAGAGAGGUGAGAAGAAGGAUGUGGUGUUUCUAAUCGAUGGCUCAGAUGGUGUCAGAAGAGGCUUCCCUCUACUGAAGACCUUUGUCCAAAGGGUUGUUGAAAGCCUGGAUAUCGGUCGUGACAAGGUCCGUGUCGCUGUUGCGCAGUACAGCAAUGUCAUACAACCCGAGUUCUUACUUGACACCCACGAAGACAAGGCAGAUCUGAUCAAUGCAAUCCAGGAGCUGAAGGUUAUGGGAGGAUCUCCUCUGAACACUGGAGCAGCCCUGGACUAUCUCAUCAAGAAUGUGUUCACAGUGUCAAGUGGCAGCAGGAUAGCAGAGGGCGUCCCGCAGUUCCUGAUUCUGCUGACCGCUGACCGGUCCCAGGAUGAUGUGAGGAGGCCCUCGGUGGUCCUGAAGACAAGUGGCACAGUGCCAUUUGGCAUUGGGAUUGGAAAUGCUGACCUCACAGAGCUGCAGACGAUUUCUUUCCUCCCAGAUUUUGCUAUCUCUGUGCCUGACUUCAACCAGCUGGAUACGGUGCAGCAGGUCGUCUCGAACCGAGUCAUCAGGCUGACCAAGAAAGAGAUAGAGUCACUUGCCCCUGAUCUGGUUUUUACAUCACCCAGCCCAGCGGGUGUGAAAAGAGAUGUCGUGUUCAUGGUUGAUGGCUCCCGCUAUGCUGCCCAGGAGUUCUACCUUGUCCGCGAUCUCAUUGAGAGGAUAGUGAACAACCUGGACGUGGGUUUUGAUACCACCAGGAUAUCAGUGGUCCAGUUCAGCGAGCAUCCCCACGUGGAGUUCCUGCUCAAUGCCCACUCCACCAAGGAUGAGGUGCAGAGUGCUGUGAGACGGCUGCGGCCACAGGGUGGUCAGCAGGUGAACGUGGGGGAGGCCCUUGAGUUUGUGGCAAAGACCAUCUUCACCCGGCCCUCCGGGAGCCGCAUAGAGGAGGGUGUCCCUCAGUUUUUGGUCAUCCUCUCCUCCCGCAAGUCCGAUGAUGACUUAGAGUACCCAUCACUCCAAGUUAAACAAGUGGGGGUGGCACCCAUGGUGGUAGCAAAGAACGUGGAACCUGAGGAGAUGGUACAGAUUUCCCUUAGUCCUGAUUAUGUGUUCCAAGUCUCCAGCUUCCAGGAACUGCCCAGCCUCGAGCAGAAGCUGCUGACUCCUAUUGAAACCCUGACUGUGGACCAAAUAAGACAGCUGCUGGGAGAUGUGCAACCCCCUAUAGAUGUUUCUGGUGAAGAAAAAGACAUAGUCUUCCUUAUUGACAGCUCUGACAGUGUUAGGCCCGAUGGACUUGCUCACAUUCGGGAUUUCAUCAGCAGAAUUGUUCAGCAGCUGGAAGUUGGGCCAAACAAAGUGCGAAUCGGCGUGGUGCAGUUCAGCAACAAUGUCUUCCCUGAGUUCUACUUGAAGACCCACAAGUCCAAAAAUGCUGUCCUUCAAGCCAUCCGCCGCUUGAGGCUUAGAGGGGGGUCCCCUGUGAAUGCUGGCAAAGCCCUAGACUAUGUGGUGAAGAAUUACUUCAUCAAGUCUGCGGGGAGCAGGAUAGAAGAUGGAGUGCCCCAGCACCUAGUCCUCAUCCUUGGAGACCGGUCGCAGGAUGACGUCAACAGGCCUGCUAACGUGAUCUCUUCAACAAGCAUUAAACCUCUGGGUGUUGGAGCCAGGAAUGUGGACAGGGGCCAGCUGCAGGUCAUUACCAAUGACCCUGAGCGUGUGCUUGUGGUACGGGACUUCACAGGACUCCCAACUUUAGAAAAGAAGGUGCAGAGUAUUCUCGAAGAGCUUCCGAUACCUACAACAGAAACUCCUGGAUUUUUAGGACCUGGAGGUAAAAAGCAGGCUGACAUUGUGUUUUUGCUGGAUGGCUCCAUCAAUCUGGGGAGAGAUAACUUCCAAGAAGUUCUCCAGUUUGUCUACUCUGUGGUGGAUGCCAUUUAUAGGGAUGGCGACUCUAUCCAGGUAGGACUGGCCCAGUACAACUCAGAUGUCACCGAUGAGUUCUUCCUCAAGGACUAUUCCACCAAACCGCAGAUUUUAGAUGCCAUCAACAAAGUCAUCUACAAAGGCGGCCGAGUGGCAAACACUGGUGCAGCCAUCAAGCACAUCCAGGCAAAACACUUUGUGAAGGAGGCCGGCAGCCGAAUUGACCAGAGGGUGCCCCAGAUCGCCUUCAUUGUCACGGGUGGGAAGUCCUCGGACGACGGGCCAAGUGCCUCCUUGGAAAUCACACAGAAAGGCGUCAAGGUAUUUGCAGUUGGUGUGAGAAACAUCGACCUGAAGGAAGUCAGCAGGCUGGCCAGCGAGAGCGCCAUGAGUUUCAGAACGUCCACAGCUCAGGAGCUGUCUGAGCUGAAUGAGCAGGUCCUGGUUACACUGGAAGCCGCUAUGGAAGAGAAAUUGUGCCCAGGAACAACAGAUGUUACAAGAGAUUGUGACUUAGAUGUGAUACUUGGCUUCGAUGUCACGGAUGUUGAGCCUGGCCAAAAUAUAUUUAAUUCCCAGAGAGGUCUGGAGUCCAGAGUUGAGUCCGUGCUUAACAGAAUAACACAGUUGCAGAAGAUCAGCUGCACCGGCAACCAGGCACCCAACGUCAGGGUAUCCAUCAUGGCCCAGGCUCGGGGGGGACCCGUGGAGGGACUGGACUUCUCCGAGUACCAGCCUGAGCUCUUUGAGAGGUUUCAAGGCAUGCGCACCCGUGGGCCCUAUUUUCUCACAGCAGAUACACUGACUUCCUACCUGAACAAAUUCAGAUCAGCGCCCUCUGGCAGCACCAAGGUCAUAAUCCAUUUUACUGAUGGUGCAGAUGACUCCAUAGACCAGCUGGAGGCUGCUUCGUCUGCUUUGCAUACAGAAGGUGUCAACGCUCUCAUCUUCGUUGGGCUGGACCGAGUGAGCGAUUAUGACAAAGUGAUGCAGCUAGAGUUUGGUCGUGGGUUCACCUACAACAGACCGCUCAGAGUUAAUCUGCUGGACUUGGAUUUCGAGCUGGCAGAGCAGCUUGACAACAUCGCAGAGAGGACAUGCUGCAAGGUCCCAUGCAAGUGCUCAGGGCAGAGAGGGGACAGAGGUGUGCCGGGCCCCAUAGGGCCAAAGGGUGCCACAGGUGAUCUUGGCUACGGAGGCUAUCCUGGUGAUGAAGGAGGACCGGGUGAGCGUGGACCACCGGGUGUGAAUGGGACGCAGGGUUUCCAGGGAUGCCCUGGGCACAGAGGAACCAAGGGUUCUCGGGGAUUCCCAGGAGAGAAGGGUGAACUGGGAGAAAUGGGUCUGGACGGCAUUGAUGGAGAAGAGGGAGACAAGGGUUUGCCGGGCUCCUCUGGAGAGAAGGGAUACUCUGGCAGGAGGGGUGAUAAGGGAGUUAAAGGUGAACGAGGAGAACGAGGUGACCGUGGGCUCCGUGGAGACCCGGGAGAUUCGGGAGCUGAUAAUACUCAACGGGGAACCAGAGGCCAAAAGGGUGAAAUUGGACCAAUGGGAGAGCCAGGACCAGUGGGUGUGGAUGGACAAGGCGGUGGAGUUGGGAGGAAGGGUAUGACAGGACGAAGGGGACCAAUAGGUGUUAAGGGUACCAAGGGCUCACUCGGUCAAGCAGGGCCAGCUGGAGAACAAGGCAUGAGAGGGCCACAGGUCAGUGAGCUUACGGCUAACACUGGUGUGCUUCUGCCCAUGUGCUUUGACACAGUCAUUCCUGGACCCAGGGCUGGUAGUGGACCACCAGGACCCCCAGGAGAGCGGGGCAGGAUCGGUCCCCUGGGACGAAAGGGUGAGCCUGGAAACCCUGGACCCAAAGGACCAAAUGGACAGCAGGGCCCACGAGGAGAGAUGGGUGAUGAUGGACGAGAUGGAAUUGGUGGCCCAGGUCCUAAAGGCAGAAAGGGAGAACGUGGCUUCAUAGGCUACCCAGGGCCUAAGGGUGGACCUGGUGACCGCGGUGGUGCUGGAGGCCCUGGCCCUAAAGGAAACAGAGGCCGCAGAGGAAAUGCAGGAGAUCCUGGGACACCUGGUCAGAAAGGAGAGGUUGGAUACCCUGGACCAUCUGGACUUAAAGGUGAUAAAGGAGAAUCCAGAGAUCAAUGUGCGCUUGUGCGGAACAUCAAAGACAAAUGCCCUUGCUGCUAUGGUCCCAAGGAGUGCCCGGUCUUCCCAACUGAGCUGGCCUUCGCUAUCGACACCUCCUCGGGUGUUGUGAGGGAAGUUUUCAACAGGAUGAAACAAACUGUGCUGAGAGUGGUCAACAACUUAACCAUUGCUGAGAGCAACUGUCCUCGGGGUGCCCGGGUCGCUCUGGUCACCUACAACAAUGAGGUCACCACAGAGAUCCGCUUUGCUGACGCCAGGAAGAAAUCGAGCCUCCUCCAGCAGAUCCAAAACUUCCAGGCGACCCUGACCACAAAGCCACGCAGCCUGGAGACUGCCAUGUCCUUUGUGGCCAGGAAUACCUUCAAGCGUGCCCGAAGUGGCUUCCUUAUGAGGAAGGUGGCUGUCUUUUUCAGCAACGGGGACACAAGAGCCUCCCCGCAGCUCAACGACGCUGUACUGAAACUCUACGAUGCUGGGGUCAUGCCCGUGUUCCUCACCAGCAGGCAGGACCAAGUUCUCACUGGAGCGCUGGAGAUCAACAACACAGCGGUUGGACAUGCAAUUGUUUUUCCAACCAGUGGCGGUCAGCUGAAUGAAACUAUCCGGAGGCUCUUGACUUGUCACAUUUGUCUGGAUGUCUGUGACCCUGAUCCCAUCUGUGGUUUUGGUAGUCAGAGACCUGUAUUCAGAGACAAAAGGGCAGCCCCAACAGAUGUAGACACUGACAUCGCCUUCAUCAUGGAUAGCUCAGAGUCCACCACCCCUCUGCAGUUCAAUGAGAUGAAGAAGUACAUUUCCCACCUCGUAAGCAACCUGGAAAUCAGCUCUGAGCCAAAAGUAUCUCAGCACCAUGCAAGAGUGGCAGUUCUCCAGCAAGCUCCUUACGAAUAUGAAACCAACUCAAGCUUCCCGCCAGUAAAGACUGAGUUUUCACUAACUGAUUAUGGAUCCAAAGAGAAGAUCAUUAAUUACCUUCACAACCAAAUGAUCCAGCUCCAUGGCACAAGGGCUAUAGGAAGUGCAAUUGAACACACAAUAACUCAUAUUUUUGAAAAUGCACCUAACCCUCGGGACCUAAAAGUCAUAGUUCUGAUGAUGACCGGUAAAGUGAAUAAACAAGAACUUGAGUACCUGCAAAAGGUUGUUAUCAAUGCAAAAUGCAAAGGGUACUUCUUUGUUGUUUUGGGCAUUGGCAGGAAGGUGAAUGCCAAGAAUAUCUAUAACCUAGCUAGUGAGCCAAACGAUGUGUUCUUCAAGUUGAUUGAUAAACCAGGAGAGCUUCAUGAAGAGCCCUUACUACGCUUUGGGAGACUGCUGCCAUCUUUUAUCAGAAGCGACUUUGCUUUCUACCUGUCUCCAGAAAUAAGGAAACAGUGCGAGUGGUUCCAGAGUGAUCAGCAAGCCAAAAGCCAGACUCCCGGGCACCCCGGGCACAAAGCAGUGUACGUGGCACCCAACGCGACCAUAAGCCGGACCCUCAGUGUCAGCACCACAGUCAGUGCAAGCACUAAGCCUGUUGGGAGCACCAACGCCCGUGCCAGGACCACAACUGCCAGCACCACGGCCCAAACCAGAGCCACCGACCAGACCACAGCCAGCACCGUGGUCCAGGUGAACACCACCGUGCAGAGUGCAGCAAGCACUGCCGCCCACACCAAAGCCACUGGCCGCACCACCACGAGCACCACAGCUGCCGUGGCAGGUGGCAGGAGAAGACAAGGCGCAAAGACCCACGAUAUCCAAAUCACAGAUGUCACCGAGAACAGUGCCAGGCUGCGCUGGGCCAGCCCCGAGACACACAACGCCUACAUUUUUGAUAUCACCGUCACCCUAGCACAUGACCACUCUCUCGUGCAGAAGCAAAACCUGACCGGCACUGAGCACGUCAUCCGAGGACUCAGAAGCGGACAGAAAUACCUUGUCGUCAUUACCGGCUACCAGAAAUCCCAACCCAAAGUAACCUACACAGGGACAUUCAGCACAAAGACCCCGGCACAGCCCAAGGUGUCCCUGGCCAACAUGAUGCUCAACACUGAGCCCCUGGAAGGGCCUGAGAGCGUCAUGGAUAUCUGCCGGCUGCAAAAAGAUGAGGGCACCUGCAGGAACUUUGUGCUGAAAUGGUACUACGACCCUGAGACCAAGAGCUGUGCCCGGUUCUGGUACGGCGGCUGCGGAGGCAACGAGAACAGAUUUAACACACAGAAAGAAUGUGAAAAAGUUUGCACCCCUGGUAACAUCAACCCCGGUGUGGUGACGACAAUAGGAACAUAGAGCCAGCGACCUGUCAACACAUACCUCUGAGACAGCCAGGAGCAUCAGCCAUUGCCACCUUACCCCUAUAGAAGCUAAGGGUAUAGACUACCUUGCACUGCACUAUUUCAUGCUUUUAACUUCCAAGCAAACCUUGAAGAAAGUGUUUUGCUGCAUGACCUAUCAAUAUGGUGCUAAACUGUUUGUGGACUGAGUGCUACGUGUCCGGGUUAUAUUGUAUAGCUUCAACAUUACCAAAUAUUUACCUAAUUGCAGAUUGUUAUUGUCUCUCAACACAUCUCUAAAUUACCCUUUCUUUCCAAUUCCGGCAGUCUGCCUGUCUAAGGCACUGUAAAAAUGAGACAAAAAAAAAUCCCAAUAAUUUCACUGCAACUGUUACAUGCUUGCUUUUAUCAUUUUCGUAACUGAGCAUAACUUUACAGGGGAAGCCUUCGUCUAAGAGAGUAGCUAAUGCUGAUAAACAAGUGGUUCAAUUUUUCAUUCUUCCUUUUUUUAUUUUUAUUUUUUCUUCUUUUGCUGUAUUAGAUUUCAAACUAGAUCUCUUGUAUGCAUUUGUAACAUAUGUGGCCAACCAAACUAGCAAGGAAAAGGAAGCAAGGUUUCCGAAUGCAAAUGCACUGCUGGGACCAAGGCCUCAGUUAACAAAUUUUUAAAUUGUGGUGUAGGAUGCCUCUGGCAUUCUUCUGAUGUUGUAUGUUUUAUAAAAUACAAAGCAAAGCAAU